GCAGCAUUUUGGGGAGGGCACCUCCCGCGAUCCAUGCAUUCGGCGACCGCGCGCCAAAUCCAUGGAUCGCUAAUCCAUGUUUGCGCGCUCUCGACGCUCGACAGCCAGUGAAAGCCACCGAGCCUAAGCCGGAGCCAUUUUGGCCCAAGUUUGGACCACUCGAGCAGCGCGCCGCCGCGCGCGGGGCGCGCGCCACACAUGCUGGCCCAGGAGGCGCCGGACGCAGAGUUCCGCGACCUGCUCGCUCGGCUCCUCCGCCAGCGCGAGGCCGACAUCAGCGCCGCGGUCGCGGCCCUGCGCGACGAGAACGCGUCGCUGAGCGAGGAGAUCGCGGAGCUGCGGGGCGGCAGGCGGCGGGGCGCUGCGGGCGCGGGCGGCGGCGACGUGCUUUGGCCGACCGCGGCCACGGGCGAGGCGAGCCUCGCGGCGGCGGUGCAGGUCGUGCCCGGCGGGCCUGGCGGCCUGCGGUACCCCGACGAGGAGCCCGUGGCCCUCGGCUCACCGACCGGGAGGAGGCGGAACUCGGCCUGCCGCCGCGCGGGCGCCCUGGGGGGCGCGCUGCACACCAUCCCGGAGGCCCUGUCGCUCCGCAGGGGCGACGAGGAGCCUCGGCUCAGCAUGCGCUCCGUCGCCCAGGAGUCUGCGGAGCGGAGCGAGGAUCCGCGGUUCAGCGUCCGCUCCUCCGUCGGCGGCAGCUCGUCGAAAGGCAGCUCAGUGGCCCUCAGCUCGGUGGCUGCCAGCCUGAUGACGGCGCGUACCAACUUCUCCCCAGUGGCCGCGAGGAUAUCAGCUACGGAGGUGUCCAGAUUCUCCCACAUGUUCAAGGUCGACACGUGGAAUACGGACGCGGCAACGAUAUCAGCAGGCGAUCUCCUUCCUGUUCUUGAGAAGCGGGGCCUGCGCAAUCUAUCGCUGCAGCGCGUUUCUUCAGUGAUGCAGCGUCUGUCUGGAGUCAGCCCGCCGCUGGAGGAAGAGGAGGGUCGGUCACCAUGGAGUGAUCACGACGACGCCAACUACAAGAUGCCGUUCAAAAUAUUCGUGGACACUAUGCUCUCCACGAACAUCGCCAAGGGGCUGAGUAACGAUAUUGCUGAGGAUGCCAGGCGUUGGCAACAGGCCCUUAUGACUCAGCCAAUCGAUGAAGUAGUCGACAGGCUGGCCAAAACUGGCUGCCCCGAAGCACAAGGCUCCAGUAUGUGGGCCUCCCGUUCUUCGGUGUUCUAUGCAAGCAACACCUGGAGCUUGUUUUCAAGGCGAGGUAGACUUAGGAUUCUCCAGCUGCUGAACACAGUGGUUGCCUUCACAGUAAUGCUUAGCGUCAUAUCGUUGUCUCUGAGCAUGGACUACUGUCUGGAUUGUGAAGUCUGGUUUUAUGUUGAGCUGGUUGCCGCAAUCAUCUUCGUCGCAGAGUUGUUGAUCAAGCUGUACAUCUUCGGAAUCCAGGAGUUCCUAUUCGGGGACGACCGUCUGUGGAACUGGAACGACAUGCUCAUCACAGUGUUGGACUCCCUGGAGGUGGGGACGAGCACCCUAUACAGGAUACAGGGCCAGGACGGGAACCAGAUUUUCUCGGUCGGCACGGUCCUGGUCGCGCUGAGGACCCUGCGCAUCCUGCGGUUCGCGCGGCUGGUGAAGAUGCUGAGGUCCCCUCUCCUGCACGAGCUGGCCAACAUCCUGCAGGGCUUCAUGCUCGGGCUUCCCGCGCUGCUGUGGGUUGUCAUGGUGAUCUGGAUCGUGCUGUGGGUCAUCGGCGCUGCGUUCCGCCACCUUAUAGGCCCCGAGGCUGGGGGGGAGCUCCUCACCGACAAGUGCGGGUUCGACGGCGACAGCAUGGAUACAAGCGCCAUCGCUCACGCGGCGACGAUUCAGAUGUUUCCCGAGUGUGGGGACAGGCACAGGCUGUACGGAGACGAGUACUGCUCAACCGUGAUCGGGUGCUCGUUUACGGUCUUCCGCUGCAUGAUUGGUGAUUGCAACUCCAAGGGCGGACAUUCGUUGCCCGCGCACCUGAGCGCAGGCUACAAGCUCAGGUUCGAUCUGAUGUACGUGUUCGGCAUGAUUGUCCUGAUAUUCGGUCUCUUCAACGGGCCGGCGGAUCACGGCGGUCUUUGUCGAGUCCACCAUGCGAGGCCUUGCCGCCCAGGACACCAGGAUUAAGAGGCAGGAGAAGUACCAUGUGAAGCACGUCAAGAAGGCCCUGGAGAAGCUGGUGCAGCGCAUCGUGUUGAUCAGCGAGACCUACAGGAAGACGCGUGACCUCGAGGCAACGGACAGUGCGACGAGCCCAGUCCAAGGCUUGGUGAGGAGGGUGUUCGGCUCCGCCUGGCUCCUGCCCCGGAAGGCCUUCAGUGAAGCGGCCUCGCCCGCAUCUUCGGAAAUCAACCUCGCGGUCGACCCCUCCCAGCUCACGCUCUCGGAGGGUGCUUUCAACGAGGUGCUCAGGGACGAGGAUGUCCAGUGCGUCCUGGACGAGCUGGACAUCAACCUCGGCACCGACAACGCGAGCAUCUUCCGCAUCUUCAAGAAGGACCGCGAGGGCCAGCUGCCGCUCGCGGAGAUGCUGGCCACGCUGAUGAUGCUUCGGGGUGACACCUCCAAGGCGGACUUCAUAGGGCCCUCGGUGAUGAUCGGCGGGCUCCGGGAGGAGGUGCGCGGCGACGUCCUCAAGGUCCAGGAGAUGCUCCUGAGCACUCGCCAGGUUCUGGUGGACUGCCAGCGCCAGAUCCGGGCGCUGGCCGAGGAGCGGUAGCCGCCGCCGCUCCCCCGCCUCGCAGGGCCCGGCCGCCGUGGCCCGUGCCCGCCCGCCAAGGGGGCCGAGGUCGCCCCUCGCCCGCUCGGCCGCCCGCGUGUGCCGAGGGCGUCCUGGCAGCCUGGCCCGGGUCCGGCGCGGGGCACUCCGUGAGCUGCUGGGCGGACGUGCGUGUGAUGUCCUUCGGGGCAUUUUUUUUAGGCGGCCUCUGGUGUUUUGAUGGGCGGACUUGCUUGUGGUGUACCUUCUGAGACACGCUGCAGCUUUUCGUUUUUCUUGUACGGGCUGUGCCGAUGUCGCUCCCAUCUGCCUUCGAGCUGGGCCCCGUGCACUCUGGUGUUACAGUCACCCGUGCCCUGGCAACUAGCAAACCGCUCGUCGGGCGCGGGCCCCCGCCUGGCCAGGUUGGACCAAUAUCCAGUGUGCCUCGGCACUGCUUGCGGUGGGUUCAGUCCUGCUUACUGUGGGUUCAGCCCUUCGGCGCUACAUGCUGUGGGUUCAUCCCUGCCUUUCUGCUUAGUGUGGGUUUAGUCCCCCAGGGUACUUCGGUACGGCUUGUCUGAGGCGGCGACUGUCAAGCGUUACACCGUGAUAGCGCCCCUGUCAGGGCGACGCCGAUGGGAAAAAAUGUACCAAGCCCAAGCGAUGCAAGUGAGCACGAGCUUCCAAGCUGACUCAUACAACCGACGCAUCGCCGAUGCGGUGCGGUCCUCCA